AUGAAGGCAAAGAAAGCUCAAGGCAAGCUCGCGUUAGACUUGACGUGCCACUACUAUGCGACCCCUGAGGAGACUGAAAAGUGCCGCGACUCGCUCAAAAUGUACCUGGAGCUCGAGAUAUAUCAAAAGAGUCUGUCCGCAUGGGAGCUUCUCGUCGCCGAGGUCCGCACAGAUGCAUCAGACAUGCCAGAGACAGCUAUACGGAUCGUCGUGUUCCAAGUCACGUUCAUACACAAGAGUAUGACGCUGGAUAACCUAGGGCUUGCGAGGCGUACAUUUUGGGAUACUGUCGAUAUCAUCCGGGAGGCGAUGAGAUCACUGGCCACGGCAAGCGUCAAAGAGCGCGGCGGCCUGGAUAGCAUGGCGCAGAAGGCUGCUGUAAAGCGCAUCGACUCCUAUAUGGAGUCAAUAGAUUCCACACCCGAAACGAACGUAUCCCCAAUGUCCAGCCGCCGAGCCCUACAAGAGGCGUGUUGGAGAGUCAAGAGUGCCGAGGGCAACACAAGCCCUCUCUGGAACGCGCUUUAUUCCACGUCUGUGCUUGAAUGCACAUCGCUUCAGCUCGAUAUCGACUUGGCAAUCUACACGAUGAAGAAUGUUGCACGCUGGUACAACGAGCUACUGCAUCUAUUUGAGAUGUCUAUUCGGUCUGGAGAGAUGAAAUCCCAGGUCAUCAAGGCAGCAGGUCUGGGCAAGUCUAUGUCUCGGGCAUUGGACAGGGAGAAGGCUGACGUGAACGGCGUGUUCGUAACGUCCGACGAGUUAAAGAGAAGUCGUGUCAGUGAGCAAGACUGGGGUGUUGAAAAGGCGACUAUCGCCGAGAUGGAGAACGCAUACAAGGCGGUGCGCGGUGGCUUGGACUACCAACAGCAGGGCACUGAAGGCAGUCGGCGUCAAGUCGCGGCCCAGUUUGAACAACUACGGUUAUUGACCCAGGACUUCAUACUCAUGGCGAAUAUUCAGAGCAAAUGGGCAGAUUUAGAGGCUCUGGCGAAGAAACCGGGAGUGGACAUAUCCGAGGUCAACAAAGUCACAGGGGUUAUCAACUUGGUGAAGCUGUCGAACGGAUGCGACCACCAUUGCACAGCUUCCGGGGUCCGGCGCAAGAACCCCGACACCUGGCUAUACGCCGCUGCCGGUCCAGAAAUAAAGCGGAGGCCCGGGCUCAAUCCAGCAGACCCUUUUUGCAUCAAGCGUAGCGCGCUGAAGCUGCCAGGCCUUGUUGCUUCGACCCAGCGUUUCUCCAUGUGA